CUCACUUCUGACUUCCUGCAUUCUGCUCAACUCUUCCUCGAAACCGCUCGUCCAUUCGGUACGACUCACAAUGAAGCCGCGCAGGCAGGACCAACCUCCGGGUCUUUUCGCUAGGGGAUGAAAUGGGUCAAGGUAUCGUACAAUAGUAUAACAGUCACUGCUCGCGCAUGACAGGUGUUCGGCUCGAGCUUCUGUUCUCAGCUUGGCUGGCUACCCAUCCACGAUGAGAACAGGAGCUCGGUCGUUCUGAGAUUAUACUGUCAAAACUUGAUCUAGAUAAUACUAGCGAAAGGACAUGCGUGGCAUUGAUUGUCCCCUACACUUUAACCUACAGAGACGAGGGAUCCCACAUCCCUCUGUUGCUGACAGUUUCCAGACCUUUGCAAUACUCGUGACCUGAGUUUGUGCCAAGAUGUCUACUGACAAGAUCACCUUCCUCACCAACUGGCACGCGACCCCGUACCACGCCCCCCUGUACCUUGCCCAGCGCAAAGGUUUCUUCAAGGAGGAGGGUCUCAAAGUCGCCCUUCUGGAGCCCAAUGACCCCUCCGAUGUCACCGAGAUCAUUGGCAGUGGAAAGGUUGACAUGGGCUUCAAGGCCAUGAUUCACACUCUUGCUGCCAAGGCUCGCAACUUCCCGGUCACCUCGAUUGGCUCUCUGUUGGAUGAGCCUUUCACCGGUGUCGUCUACCUGAAGGAUAGUGGGAUCACUGAGGAUUUCCGCUCCCUGAAGGGAAAGAAGAUUGGCUACGUCGGAGAGUUCGGAAAGAUCCAGAUCGACGAACUCACUAAGUACUACGGCAUGACUGCUGACGACUACACCGCCGUCCGCUGCGGCAUGAACGUCACCAAAGCCAUCAUCCGCGGUGACAUCGAUGCAGGCAUCGGUCUUGAAAACGUUCAGAUGGUCGAGCUCGCCGAAUGGCUUGCCACCCAGAACCGUCCCCGCGACGAUGUCCAGAUGCUCCGCAUCGACCAGCUCGCCGAGCUCGGCUGCUGCUGCUUCUGCUCCAUCCUCUACAUCGCCAACGAUGCCUUCCUAGCCGCCAACCCGGAGAAGGUCAAGAAGUUUAUGAAUGCCGUGAAGCGCGCAACGGACUACGUCCUUGCCGAACCGGCCCGGGCAUUCGAGGAGUACGUUGACAUGAAGCCGAUCAUGGGCACCCCGGUCAACCGGAAGAUCUUUGAGCGUUCCUUCGCCUACUUCAGCCGUGACUUGAAGAACGUCAGUCGCGAUUGGGCCAAGGUCACCAACUAUGGAAAGCGUCUGGGUAUUCUGGAUGCGGGCUUCGUGUCAAACUACACUAACGACUACCUUUCUUGGGCGCUCGACGCGGACUCGACUGAUCCUCUGGGUGAUCAGAAGCGUAUGGCGGAGCUGCAGAAGCAGGUCGCUGCCGAGGGUGGUUACAAGCGGUUGGAAGUGGCUUCUUCGGCUUAAGGCUGAUGAUGUCAUUGAGUUUCGAAUAGUUAUGCUCUCACUCGCUGACACAGAUGCUGUGCGAAAGUUCUUUGACGGCCCAGAUUGACAUGAUAGCAUAUGCACUCAUUUAGUAUGACUACGCAAUCAACGGUACGAUCAUUUGAGUCA